AUGUCCACAGUCGCGAUCGAGAGGGAUUGGAUAGUCGUCAUCGCUGCCGAAGAUGACUCCAUGCUCCAGAUUCUCAAUGCCCAGAUGCGAAGGAUUGAUCUCUUCUGCAAGUUGGUGGCUCCCCUGGCCAUCGCUCUCCUCCACGGAUGGUCUGCCAACCUGGCGGCGUGGACGACUCUUGUCACCAACACACUAUCCAGUGCCAUUGAAUAUCUGCUCGUGGCCAGGGUGUUCGGCAAAGUUCCAGCGUUAGGCGAGCGCGGACCUUCGUCACAGCCCGAAAGGACAAAUCAAGACGAGAUCGAACUCGAAACUUCCCAUCGAUCCUCCCCAUAUCAGACAUCCUCCUUUUCGAGAUCCGUGAUGUCGAUCUUGACUCCGCUUCGGACUUAUAUGCGACAAGCGGCCUUCCUACCUUCUCUUGCGUUGUCUGCCCUCUAUCUGACGGUCCUGUCAUUCUCGGGCCAGAUGACGACUUUUCUCCUGGCGAUACCUCAACCGAGAAUCACAUCCACAACGGUGGGUAUCCUGCGAACCAUUUCCACAGUGUCCGAGAUAUCUUCGACGUUUGUUGCCCCGAGGCUCAUGUCCAAGAUUGGUCCUAUUCGAGCUGGCAUCUGGUGUCUGUCGUGGCAGGCCUUGUGCUCGAGUUCCGCCGUUGGGCUUCUCUGGACUGGCUUCUCAACGUCUCCCCAAACAAUUGUCCCCAUCUUCAUUCUUGAUGUCAUUCUCUCACGACUAGGGCUCUGGUCAUUCGAUCUUUGCGCCCAGUUGAUCAUCCAAGAAUCGGUUCUGCCCCCCCACCGGGGGACCUUCUCUGCGGUGGAGAUGUCGAUACAAAACGUCUUCGAACUCUGCGCAUUUGCAACGACGAUCAUAUUUCCCAGGCCGGAGCAAUUCCGAUACCCGGCUCUGGUAUCCCUCUCUGCACUUUACUGUGCUGCCGCACUCUACGCCAAGUUUGUACGCGACCGACGGGGGCAUUUAUUGCACCUGCCACCAUGCUUGAAAACGGCUCGAGAUGGAGGACAGUUCCCUUACCAAUCCCUUCCUAUCGAAUCGGAGUGA